AUGGCGCAGGAAUGCGAGAGCGAAACCCUCACUUCCGGCCCUGUCCGCGGACGGUCUGGUUUUGCCUGGCAUCAGACGGUCACCAUGAAGUUCAACCCCUUUGUGACCUCUGACCGCAACAAGAACCGCAAACGCCACUUCAAUGCCCCUUCGCACGUGCGUAGGAAGAUUAUGUCGUCCCCACUCUCCAAGGAGCUGCGGCAGAAAUACAACGUCCGCUCCAUGCCCAUCCGCAAGGACGACGAGGUCCAGGUGGUUAUCACCAGGCUAAAACUGGACAAAGAUCGGAAAAACAUUCUUGAACGCAAAGCCAAAUCUCGACAAGUUGGAAAAGAGAAAGGCAAAUAUAAGGAAGAACUGAUUGAGAAAAUGCAGGAUUGAGUACAUCCUACUGUGCAACCACAGUUUAACUAUACAUUUUAGCCUAACGUGUUCUUUUGGAACUUUUCAAGAUGUCUCUGGAACAUUUCAUUUCUGUCUUGUUUUGUUAUUGACAUGUGGCUUUGUAAAUCUACUACUUUUGCAGUUUUGAUUAAUUUAUGACUAAAAGUUGGAAAUGUUCCCUAAUUUCCAGUUAUAUUUGCAUCAUCUUAUAGGUGAUAUCCAUCUUAUUAUCAACUCCGUUCUCCAGUCUUUCAUAUAUUCAAUCUGUUGAGCAGCCAGAUAGCAAUGGUGGGGUUAUGUUGGCCCUCCUCCUGCCUGGACCCUAAUGCUGAUGGGGUUGAAAGGACAGGGCUGUGGUCCCCAAUGCAGGGACUUGCCACACUCAGAAACAGUCACAAGUGAAGUGGCACACUCAAGGGCUCAAGGCCUCACUGAGCAUCUGGUACUGCUUUACACUCAUGCCUCUCAUUCUAGACAGAGUGCUCUCUGUCCUCCUCCUUGUAUAUCCCCAGCUUCCUUUGCCUCAUAUUCUCACCAAAUUAUCUUGGUUUGCCAGUGCAGCUAUCACAAAUACGACACAAUGUGUCAGAAUUUGUUGUCUCAUGGUUUCAGAGGCUAGAAGUACAAAAUCAAGGCAUUGAUGAAGCCGUGCUUUCUCCCGAACUCUGUAGCGUUCUGUGUCUCCUCUUCUAAUAUCUGGCUUUUUCCUAUGGCGUUCUCUGCAUUAGAAUUUCCUCCCUUUAAAAUAAGGCUUCCAUUCAUAUGUAUUAAGACCUAGUUCAAUUUUAUUCAAUUUUGCCACCCCUUAACUAAUGCAAACUUCAAAAGGUCCUAUUUACAAAUUGGGUUCACACCCACGGGAAUGCGGAUGAAAUGCGAACAUGUCUUUUGGGGGACGUGAUUCAAUCUCCAACACAAACCUAACCAAAUGCAGCUCCCUCAUCAGGUUACUCUUCCCAAGGUUUUGACUUUGCAAGCACCAUUUCCAUUUGACUGGAAUGCCUGUCCUCUCUUCUGGGACUAACUCAAAAAACCCACAGCCUGUGGGCCAGAUCUGGCUCACGGGUUUUGUUUGGUCAUUAUAUUGUUUAUAAGGACAUUUUUAAAUCACUUUCCAACAUUUAAAACUUGGGAGAUUCCAUAGAGAAAUCCAGAUCCUGUGCUUCAUCUGGCUGUAAAAGGCCCUAUUCCUGAAUGGCCUUAGUCGUGUGAAGCUGAGAGGUUUGCUGCCCCCUCUCCAGCUUGCUCCGUUCAUUUACUCUACUUUCCUGGCUCCUGUUGGCAUCUGAGCUUUAGACUCCAGGUCUUACUUUUAUUUCUUCUUGCUUUAUCUGCAGAGCCACAUCUAAAAUCCUUCCUUGCCCCUGUGAAAAAUAAUCUAUUGAUUAAAAUGCAAACUGACCCUUUAUUGGCUCUCCAGUAAAAUAACAUAGGGCUUAUCUAUCACGAUGGAGUUUCUACUCAAUAAAUGAUUGAUGACUGAAUCAGGGUUAUUGUCCAUUUUGACUGAUAAAUGACUAGGCUAAUUGUCCAAAUCAGAGAGAGUAAGAGAUGGGACCGGAUUUAAACAAGGUCAGUCACUUCCCACUUUUGCCAGCUGUCUGGUGUUCCUUCAGUUUUGUCAGUCCUUUACUGAAGUCUGAUAAGAGAAUGCCCAUUUUUGUGGAACAGAGAUCUUAAGGUUUGCAGCAGUAGUGCUGCUUAGUGAGAAAAGUACUGUCAGCAGCACUUGAGCUCCAAUCCCAGUUAUGCUCCUAGGGAUCUUUGAGCCUUUGAGCAAGUUACUCGUUUCUGAGCUCCCAUUUCUCAGUAAUAACACAUAAUACUUGCACUGCCUGCCAAUCUCAUGGAAAAUGCAGAAAUAAAGUGCCAGGAUCAAAUGGGAUAGUUGAUAUUUCUUAGUCCACUUUGAAAGCUGUAAGUAUUGAUAGUGCUGUAGGAGUAACUUGGGUGCUUGCUAACAUUAGUCCCCACCCUUUUUCCUGGAGAUUCUGUGAUGCAGUAGGUCUUGUACAUUUGUAUUUCUUACAUGGGCUUUCUAUGAUUGUUAGAAACUAGAUUAAUAUAUAUAUACACAGCACAUAAAAUAGAGUAGUUGUUCAACACCCUGCAGCUGUCUUUUAACAUUGAUCUAUAUGUUAGAAGAUAAUGAGUAGAUCAGCCAGUAAGUUCCGUAGUUUGUAAUUUCUAAUUUCUGUUUUAUCUAUUCCUGACCCAAUGAUGUUUUAGGGUUCCAAAAAUUGCAUAAAAGUCAGAUGUCACUCUAGGUUAAACUCAGAGCUCCUUUAGGCAUAUUCUGAUGCCUGGCCUGCGUCCUAGACUCCAGCCAUUACUCUCAUCAGUAAAUUUAAAUUAGUUAUUUUCUAGGCAUCAGACCUAGCUUGUUUGCAUUAACUUUCUCUAAAACAAGUAAUAGAUGAGAGCUUUAAGAACUGCAAUCUCCCCACAGACAUCCAAAACCUACCAGACUGCUUAAGCUGAGCCAAAUGAAUAAUAGUAAACAAGGGCAGGAACAGAGCAUCAUUUGUGAGCUCUAAUCCCAGCUCUGUCACUUCUGAAGCUGUGUAACCUUGGGCAAACUGCUUAACCUCUCUGGGCCUCAGUUUUGUCAUAAAAAUGGAAAUAAAAGUACCUACCUCA